UGCCAGGUUGGCCACUCUCUUUGGCCUGGAUCAAACACCUUCAGGCCAAGGAAAUGAAUUCUUCCAGUACACUGCACCAAAGCAGCCCAAGAAAGGUCAGACAGUACCUGCAGGUCAUGCCCAGAAGGCUCCUGUGGCCCCAUCAGCCUCGGGAGCACCAUCAGUGUUCAUGGCCACCGCAGUCCUUGCGUACCGAUAUACAAAUGGGCAGUACUUGAAGCAAGGCAAGUAUGGAGCAGCUGUAGUGGGGAACCAUGCUACUAAAGAGUACAGGAUCCUCCUUUACAUCAGUCAGCAGCAGCAGAUCACAUCUGCAAGGAUCCACCCAGGCUUUGUACUCACGGUUCAAGCCAACAAUUAUAGCACGUUCUAUGAUGAUCAGAGGCAAAACUGGUCCAUCAUGUUUGAGUCAGACAAGGCAGCAAUGGAUUUCAGCAAACAGGUGUGCAUUGCCAAGUGCAACAGCUCCCCAGGGCUCGAGUCUGUCCUCUACCAGGAUCUCCUCCCUGGAGAAGGGCAGGGAGUAGAAGCAGGAGACUCUCUGGAGAUUGCCUAUACAGGUUGGUUGUUCUCUCUCCAGGUGUUUGACUCAAAUGUUAACAAGGACAAGCUGCUGAGGCUAAAACUGGGCUCUGGCAAGGUCAUCAAGGGCUGGGAAGAAGGAAUGAUGGGGAUGAAGAAAGGAGGGAGAAGGUACCUCAUUAUCCCUCCAGCCUGGGCCUAUGGAGCUCAGGGUGUGACUGGUCGAGUCCCUCCAGACUCUACUCUGGUGUUUGAGGUGGAGGUCAGGAGGGUGAAGCUGGUAAAGGAAAGCUCUGGCUCGGAUGCACUGAGUGUUAGCUCCAGGGAUUCUGCUGCACCUUCUCCAGUUCCCAGCUCAGAUGGUUUCUCUGCAGACACUGGUUUGUUGCCUCCAUCCACAAUCCCUCCAAAGCCUGGGGAACCAGCAGUCCGGGCCAAGUCCAACUCCAUCAGUGAGCAGCUAGCAAACCCAGAUGUAGCCAAGGCAAAGCUGAUUUCUCGGAUGGCCAAGAUGGGACAGCCCAUGCUGCCCUUCCUCGCUGGCACAACGGGCAGUCAGCUGGACUCCAGUGACUCAGAAAUAGAGGAUCCAAAUACCAUGAGAGGAACAGCACAACCAGUUGCUUCAUCUUCUGUGAGACCAUCCCAGCCAGCUCAUGCAGUGCUGCCCACAGUGUCCACACAAGUACCUCAAGCAUCUGGUGCUGCACCUCCAGUGUCUUCUGCUGCUUUAAUCCCUGCAACAAUGCAGCCUCACUCAGCUCUGCCUGGAGGAGCACAGGGAUUUCAGGCAUAUCCAGGAAUGGCAUUUGCUUACCCUCAAACUGCUGCAUCUGCUUCUCAGCUCCAGCCUGUGGGUCAGAUGUAUCCUGCCCCUUACCAAGCAGCUGGGGAUGUCACUUCCUUUCUGAUGACAGAAGCUCGACAACACAACACUGAGAUCAGACUGGCUGUCAGCAAAGUAGUAGAUAAAAUGGAUCACUUGGCUGCCAAGGUGGAGGAGCUGAAGAAACAAAGCUCUACUAACAGCUCACUGCUGCCUGGAAUCUCCUCUGUCACCAUGGAAGCCUCCAUGAUCAUGAGCAAUAUCCAACGCAUCAUCCAGGAGAAUGAGAGGCUGAAGCAGGAGAUUUUUGAGAAGAGCAGUCGGAUUGAGGAGCAGAAUGAGAAGAUCAGUGAGUUGAUCGAGCGCAAUCAGAGGUAUGUUGAGCAAAGCAACUUGCUGAUGGAGCAGAGGAACCAUUCACUGCAGGCAACAAAUGAGAACACACAGGCAAGAGUGUUGCAUGCAGAGCAGGAGAAGGCCAAGGUUGCAGAGGAGUUAGCAGCUGCCACAGCCCAGGUGUCCCAGCUGCAACUGGAGCUCACUGCCCACCAGAAGAAGGAGAUGGAGCUGAGGAAGCAGCUGUCUGCAGCUGUGCAGGACGCAGAGCGGCACGAGGCACAGCUCAACAAGCUGCAGGCACAGGUAGCAGAGCUCCAAGAGGCUUCUGAGGACACCCAGAGCAGGUUCAAAGCUGAGAAGCAAAGCCGCAAACAGCUGGACAUGAAGAUCACAGCGUUGGAAGAAGAGCUAACAGACCUGAAAGUGGAGAAGGAGACUCUGGAAAAGAACCUUGCCGAGAGGAAGAAGAAAUCCCUCUCAGAGAGAGCUCAGGCAGAGGAGGAGAUGGAAGAGAUACGCAGGUCAUACCAGCAGGAACUGGACAAGCUCCGGCAGCUGCUGAAGAAGGCCAGAACUUCAACAGACCAGGCAGCAGCAGAGCAGCUGUCCCUCAUCCAGGCAGAGCUGGAAUCCCAGUGGGAAGCCAAGUGUGAGCGUGCACUGGCCUCAGCCAAGGAGCAGCAUGGCCGACAGUACCAGGAGGUGUGUGAGCAGAGAGACUCCCUGCAGCAGCAGGUGUCCCAGCUGGAGGAGAAGCUUACAGCUCUAAAACACUCGAAAAAAGCAGAGGAGCAAAAAUUGUCUGAGAUUCAGCAACGUUUGGAGGAACUGGAGGCUAUCCAAGAGAAGUACUCAGCCUUGCAGGCUGAUGUUGUGGUGCUGAAGACUCGCUAUGAAGAGCAGAUCCAGGACCUGCAGAGGGAUCAGGAUGGAUCUGCACCUGCAGACUUCACAGAAGAAGUGAAGAAGAUAAUGAACAGUGUGUUUCAGUCUCUUCGGGGUGAAUUUGAGCUGGAUGAGAAUUACAGUGGGAGGACAGUCCUGGGGGUGGUCAUGAACACUAUCAAGACUGUGACACUGCAGCUACUCCAGAGGCAGCAGGAGAAAGCAGAUGGUGACAGUAAAAAGGAGGAAUCUGGAACAGGAGCAGUGAGACAGGAAGGAUCACCUGGAGCAAAGACUGCCCACGAAGAGCCCAUGCAGCACAGCCCAGCACAGGGUGUUGCAUUCCCAGCUGAUCCUGGGGUAGCAGCCCCAGGCUCCAUGGUGUCUGAGCAGGAAGACGAGGCUGCUCCUCACUCUGCCAGGCCUGGAACUCCUCAGAAGGAGCAGACACAGAGCACUGGGGUGGCAGAAGAGGAGAAGGUCCAGAAAGAACAUCUCUCUUCCACAGCUGAAUCGUGCCUGGAUCCUGAGAAGGGGCCUGUGCUUGAAGAUCAGCCUGUUCCUGAGGUGGAGCAAAACCAGGAGAAUGAUCCCAUUGGCAAAGCUAAGCCAGAACACAGUCCCUCUGGAGUAUCUUUGCAGGCAGAAGUUGCAGAACUUUCUGUUCCAGAAGCCAAGCCAGGGGAAGAGCACAUGGCAGAAAAUCCAGCUGUGGAGCAGAAGGCAGAAGAGGCUGUGGGAGAUUUAGAGCCUCCUCCCUUGAAUGGGGAGGACACAGAGUCAUGGGAUGCAGCUGGCUCUGAGCAGGAGCCUCCCUCAGUGCCCAGCACAGCACAGCUGGGCUCAGCUGUCAGCAGAGAAGCCCCAGGACUGCAGGAAUUGGGCUCCAGCCCCAGGCAAAAAGAUUCCAGCCUCUUUGAGGAUGAGAACUUUUUUGAAACAGCAUCUCUGAAACCACUGAAGCCUCGAGUUCCCUCUGAGGAGGAGGAUGAGGAGGAAGUGAGCAUGAAGGGUCGUCCUCCUCCAGCUCCACUCUUUGGGGAUGAUGACGAUGAUGAUGAUCUGGACUGGCUGGGAUGA